GAAGAGCAGAGAAAGAAGGCACAAUAGCUCGGCAAAAUGCAGCUCUCCUCCCUCCGGCGAGCUCUCCAUGCGCGCCGGCCCCGCGCGGCCUCGCCUUUCCCCUUCGCCGCCAGAUUCAGGCCUCGCCCCUUUUCCUCCGCAUCCGCGGCGCCGGCGCCGUCACCCAAGGACGCUCGUGACGCGCCGCCGCCGCCGAUGCCGACGCGGCCGUGGGGGGAGGCGCUCGCGGCCUCCCAGCGCUCCUUCUUCCUGCCGCUCGCGGGCCGCGUCCUCGCCGCCUCGGCGACCGGGAACGCGGCCGUGGCGCCGCCCGCGGUCCACGCCUCGCUCGCGCUCGCAGCCGCCGGCGCGCGCGGCGCGACGCGGAGGCAGCUCCUCCAGGUGCUUGGGUGCGGCGGCGGGGGAAAGGGCGCCGCAGCGGACGCGGCGAACGUGGCGUCGCGUGUGGUGAAGCGGGUGCUCAGGGACCGCUCCCCGUCCGGCGGCCCGCAGCUGGCGUUCGCGGGAGGAGUCUGGGCCGACGCUUCGACGAGGCUGUCCCCGGGGUUCGUGGAGACUGCCCGCAAUGUGUACUGCUCCGCGGCGAGGACGGCCGACUUCUUGAACAAGCCAGAAGAUGCUGCGAAACAAAUUAACUUGUGGGUCCAAGAGUCCACGAAAUGUACUGUUACCUCGCUCCAACCGGAUGUAUCAAUUGACCAGAAUACAGGACUUGUUCUUGGCAGCGCGCUAUAUUUUAGGGGAAGGUGGCUUAAUCGGGCUGAUAUAAGGAGCACUACAGCACAAAAGUUCUAUUGUCUUGAUGGAACUUGUGUUGAUGUCCCUUUUGUGGAAUAUGAUAGAACUCGACCUUUUGCAGUUCAUGAGGGAUUUAAAGUCAUUAAGCUUCCUUAUCAGCGAGGAUGGACUGAACGGAAGUUCUCCAUGUAUAUCUUCCUGCCUGAUACUCAUGAUGGCUUGUUUGAAUUAACUAAGAAAUUUUUUGCUGAACCUUUAUUCUUAGAACAAAAUUUGCCAACAGAGAAGUGUCAUGUGGAUAUCAGGGUGCCCAAUUUCACAGUAUCUUUCCAGAUUGAUAUGAAGGAAUUUCUCAAAGAAAUGGGCCUUGAAUUACCCUUCCAACGGGAUGCAGAUUUCACAGAUAUGGUCAAGGAAGAUGAACCCAGUGGUCCUUUGUUUCUAUCUGAUGUACUUCAUAAAGCAGUUUUGGAGGUUAAUGAUAAAGUGAUUGAUGAAGCUUCAUUCUCGACGGGCAUAGGCAAGCCUUCUCCAGCAGAGCACUUUGUUGCCGACCACCCAUUCUUCUUUGUCAUUAGGGAGGAGGUGUCUGGCUCAGUAAUCUUCAUGGGGCAUAUGCUGGACCCUUCAUCACCAUCAUAGCUUCAGGUUCUGACCUUUUAUCAGCAAAGUUAGAUUGUCUUCAAUGAUGGCACGCACUGUUGUGUUGUUAGCCUGGGACAGCAGUCGCCUUACAUUGAUCUAAAGGAGAAGAAUUUCUUUGCCAUGGACAAAGAGACUAAAAGGUAUUGCUACCUCAUUGCUUGAGAUUAUAGCUGGGGCAAGAAGCACUAAGAAUAGUAAAAAUAGGCAUGCUCAAGGUGAGCAGAGUAACCCUGCUGACCAAAUAAGAUACAAUAGUUAAGAAAUAGUAGAAAGACUUGUGGUGUGCAAAUGGACUUGAAAUGAUGAGUGGGAAGCAGAUACAGGAAAAAAGCAUGCAGUUCUUUUGUUAAUGCCCCUUGGCCGUGAUGAGCUAGGAAAUGAUUGCUUCAUCGCUUUUGUUUGUCAUGUUGCAUCAUUCUGCUGGCAAUUUAAUCAGGGGCCAACUAUUUUGUUGGUGCUUCUUUUUCUCACUUCAAUCCGUUAGUUGUUGCAUGACAUUUCAAUCUAAUCCCAGAUCUCCCUAUGUUAGGGGAAUGUAUCGGAUGUAUGCCAUUGCUCUGAGAACUAGCUUGCAUUUUGCUGA